GAGAAGGUGAAUAUUACUGAUGGGGUGUCAGGUGUGGGAUGAGCAAACAUAGCGAUACAGUCAGAGAGCAGAAUAUGUUUCUCCUCCUUCCCUCCCACCCAUACAGGGCACUAGAGACCCCCCCACGGCUUUUUUUUUUUUCUCCAUCUCUCCGCUAUCACACAUGGCACCCAGCCCUCCUCCCCCUCACUCACACUUCCCAGAUGGAUUACAGCCUCAUAGGCUCUGACAAGAAGAUCUCCUCUCCUUGCUCUCAUCUUGCACCGUAUCCCAUGGGCUGGAGGCUGCCGGGCUGCCCCACUCUUUUCCUCUCCAUGUCCUGCCUCUGGAUGACAGUUAUGGCCUCCUACUCCAAGCACGACGUUCAGAUACCGGACCUGCCUCCUCUGUGGCCUCCGCACUAUCAGUAUUUCACAGAUGGGAAUCGGCUCCCAGUCAUCUCCGGUGGCACCUGUCGGGUGGUGUCUGCCCAUCGCUGCUGCAACAGGAACCGCAUUGAGGAGCGCUCACAGACAGUGCAAUGUUCCUGCCUGCCUGGGAAGGUGGCCGGGACAACCAGGGACAAACCAUCAUGUGUAGACGCUUCCAUCGUAAUGGGGAAAUGGUGGUGCGACAUGGAGCCCUGCCUGCAGGAGGAAGAAUGUCAAACGCUGCCUGAUAACUCCGGAUGGAUCUGUUUCCAGGGAGGGCGCAUCAAAACCACUAAGAUUCACCCCAGAUACUGAACUCUUUGGAGAAAUUCCUGCAAAUGAUUGUAUACCUCCCCAAGCCAUGUAGAGGUUCAAGGUCCCCGUAGCACAGGUACCAUUGGUCAUGUGACACCCCCCCCCCUCCGGGACAGAGAUGAAAGUGCAGCCUGGUGUAAUGGAGUCUGAUGGUCUAUGGCGGGUUCUCAGCAAAGCUUUUCUAUUAAUAACCAGCCAAUGUGAAGGCAAUUAAUAAAUAAUGUAAUUAUGCGUGGAAGUACUUGAAAUAAUCACAACAAAAUAUACACAAAUCAAGG